UUUUUGGGAUUUAGGAGAGCUUAGGAUUUAGGGAGGCAUUUUUUGCCGUUCGGCAGGAUUUAAGCUCCUGCUUAAAAUCGGCCACCAAACCGCCCCCUAAAACCGCAAAACCCAGCCUCCGGAUCGCCCGCCUCCGUCUCUAUUCGGCGAGUUUGCUUGCGUGGUACGGAUGCCUCCCUGCAAGAUUACUUCGACGCUGCUCGCCGUUGAUUUGCUGCCUGUUCGCCGGCUUCUCACCCCGAAGUGCUGAACCUGAAGGAGUGCUAAGAAGCCAGCUGCUACUUGUGAUGGUUUCGAACGGCUCCUAUGCCGGGGGCGAGGAGUCCAGCUGUUCGGAGAUCUGUUCAUUUAUUUUGCUGAAAGAAUAUUGAAAGUAUGAAAUUGUGGAUAGCAAGUAGAAAAGUGUAUGAUUACAUCCGCUAUGAUCUAAAGGAAAUUGCAUUCCCCUCAUCUUUACCUGAUCCUCCUCAUAUAAAGAAACGCAGGAAGCUUACAUUGGUGGAACGCUGGCUAAUUUUAAAAGAAGCUUCAAGGCUCUAUGCAGCUAGUUGGGUGCGAGACAUUGGUCCUGAUUUAAGGCCUAAUGACUAUAAAAAUAAGCAAAAUGACAAUGUUGAUCAGGGGAGAAAUGCCAAUUCAAAGAACGAUGAGCCUUCAACAUUGGAGGAUCUUGCAGUGGCAGCACGAGGAGGCAUGGAAACCUUAAAGCCAGCUCUGCAGCGACUUUACAUGAUUAGAGCAUCAGCUUACAGAGAUGCACUUAAAUGCUUCAUACAAGGUUAUCAAGAAGGGAUAAAUUCAGUCAUGGACAAGAGCAAAGAUACAAACUUGAAGAUGCAAGAUGGUGUUCCAAGAAAAGAUAGUUAAAUGUUAUAUUUAUCUUCCUGAGUUCUUGUAACUAUAAAAAAUUUGUCAAUCUUAAGGGAAGAUAUGCUGUAGAUUAGAUUUAAGUCUCACAACUAGCCUAUAACCUUUCUUUCAUAUG